UACUCUUAUGCAACCAUGAAAACCCCAGUGCAUCUGGCAGGAAGAAGGAGUCCCAAGGUGUCAUGCCAGAUGUCACCACAUGAGCUGCUGUCAGUGGCAUUUGGCAAAAUGAAAAACCACAACAAGGCCAAUGGGUUUUUUAAGGACCCAGAGGCAGACAAGCAUGACACCAUGCAAGAGAAACUAGAUUUCACUGCUCUUCUGGAUGCCAUAGAGCAAAUCAACUGCAAACAGAAUCCCAGGGAGAAGAGGGAAGCCACUGAAGAAUUGCCCAACAACAAUGAUGCUGAUCACUCAAUAUCAAAUCCUGUCAAACAGCGCUUGGUCAAACUCUUCAAUCCCUACAACACUGCUCAAAGGGAAAGAGUGCAUGAAGCUGUCAUGGCAUUCCACAAUAUGAAAGAUAAAAUCAGGCAACAGAUAGAGACACAAUCCAAGGAAAACUCCAAUAGGUUCCCUUCAAAUUAUUUGGGAGGCCCUGGGGAUUUGCACAGAGCUCCACCAGCAGUGAACUCAAGUGUUCCAUCUCAACCAACAAUGGCCACCCCUGUGAAAACACCAUCACCCAAGGCCACUAAUGGCUCCCUUUCAACUAUUGUACCUAAUGGUGCACCUCCAAGUAACCUCACUAAUGGUACCACUUCAACUACACUUCCUGAUGAUGGUACACCAUCCCUUGAACCAGUAGAACCUCCUGCUGCUGGCAAGUCAUUAACCACUGCUGCCCUGAAAACCACAUCAUCUAAAAAUAACUCUGAACUCCAAUCACCAAUCCAACAACAGACCUCUCCUCAAAAUGAACAGCACAUCAACACCAGCACAACCCAAAACAACCAAAGCAAGUCUUCUGGAAAUAUCACCAUUGCCCAAUUGUCUGCACUUCUGGACACCACCCUGAAUGCUUUAUCCAGCAGCACCCAACAUGAACCCAGCACAACAAGAACAACAAUAGAAGACUUUGCUGAUGAUGAACACACACCAAGUGAAUUCACACAUGCACUUGACAAUAACAUGGAUGACCCAUACAUGGGAAAAGUGCCAUCUGAAAUGAUGAGGCCAUUUUACAACAUGGCUCUGGCUUCAGUGGCUGCUGCUUUCCUGCUUGUCCAAAUUCUGACAUCACCCUCUCUCAUGGUAAACACUCAGGACAGUGUUGACAAUUCUGCAGGAGCUGCUGCUGUCCUCAGCACCCCUCAGCCUGUGAUUGACACUAAGAAACCUGGCCUCAGACAAGUCCCACCUUCCAACUAUGAUUUUGAGGCUGAGAAGGCAGCACUUGAGUAUGCCAAGGGCAAGAACUUGGCUAUGGUGAUGAAAACAGUGCCAAACAUCAAGUUCUUUGACUUUGAUGAUGGAACCAGUGAAGGAACCCUGCUUCACUAUGCAGCUUUCCAUGGAUGGACCAAUUUGAUGGAUAUCAUCAUCAAGCAAAAGGGCUUAAGUCCUGUCCUGGAGAACAAUUAUGACAAGCGCACACCUUUGCUGUCUGCAUGCAGAGGAGGUCGUUUGGACUCUGUGAAAUAUUGCAUAAAAAGCCUGAAAAAGGCUGAAUGGUCAGCUGCAAAUGAGAAUGGACUCACAUGUUCACAUUUUGCAGCCAGAGAGGGUCACCCUGAAGUCCUGUCCUACAUGAUUGAGUUGAACAAGUUGGCAGACAUUCCAUUGUCAGCACAGAGUCAUAAAGUGGACAGGAAACUCAAGUGGACACCCUUGCAUUAUGCUGCCAACAAUGGACAUUCUGAGUGUGCCAUAAUUUUGCUCCUGGAGGCUGGUGCUAAUCCUUACAAGAGAGGGUUCAGAAUGCAAAGUGCCAUUGAUUUGGCAAGGGCCAGGGGGGACAAGGCUCUUGUGGACAUCAUGCAUGACCCACUCAAGUUCAAAAUCACCAGCUUGAUUGAAGCCAGUCUUGGGUCUGAGAGGAAAGCCAGGGAAAAGGCAAUAACAGCACUCAGAGAAGAGAUUCUCAAGUUGAAAGAAGCCUUGGCAAGUGCAGGACCAGAGGGGGAAAAUGCAGCUGGUCUGGAACCUGGAGGUGCCCCUGCUAUGAUGCCCAGUCAUGCAGUGCCCCCUGGUGGUGGCAGCCGCAGGCGUCGCUCAGUGCCUUCAGUUGUGGUGCCACCUGUUGAACCAGUGGUGAAGAGGGACAUACGCAAUUUCCAGGGCUUUGGCUCCAUGAACAUGCACAGAUGUAUUGGAGCCUCCAGUGAAGAGAAGUGUGGACUCUCUAAUAUGGCAGCGGCCACAGGGGUCAUCAAAGAAGUGCACUCUGCAGUAGACUCUGAAAAUGAAACUAAUGUUACUAAUAAACCAGGAGAUCCCUUGGGGGUGGAAAUGGAAAGUAGUACCCAGAAAAGCAGUGAGGAUCUCAUUGCUGCCUUGUUCUCCAACACUGUUGGCCCUGGAGUGAGGUUUGCCAAAGUGCCUCAGCAGCUGAAAAAUGCCAAGAAACUAGCUGAUACUUCAGAUACCUUUGCACAAGAGGCAUUGGCCUGGGCAGAAAGCCAAGAUAAGGUCAGCUUGCUUCAGUUGCUGGGAAAUGUGACAGACCUGGAAGCUGAUGACCACUCACCACAGGGCACCAUUGCACACUAUGCUGCCUUUCAUGGCUGGCUAGACAUCUUGGAUCUAGUGGCACAUAGAGACACCAAUGUCCUGAAUCUCAAAAAUUCAUUUGACAACAGCACCCCUUUGCUCCUGGCCUGUCAAUCUGGAAAACUGGAUGCAGUCAAAUUCUGUGCCCAACAAAUGGUCUACCUUCUGGAUGCCACUGAAAACUCAAAAGGACAGACAUGUGCCCACCUUGCAGCCAAGACAGGACACAGUGAAGUGAUUUCCUUCAUGGUCAAAAAGAACAAACAAAUGGGGCUUGCUGAUGAUUUUAGAAGGCAACUGAUUCAGCCUGACAAAGACCUCUCCUGGACUCCAGUUCAUUAUGCAGCUGACAAUGGCCACCAAGAAGCAGCACUGGUUCUCCUUUUGGAAGCUGGAGACAAUCAGUAUUUCCUUGGUAAAAAUGGGGAAAAUGCUGUUGAUGCAGCUGCCAAAAAGAAGAACAAUGAACUGGUUUCUUUGUUGGAGGAUCCCCUCACAUUCAAGAUACAGCAGGUCAUUCAGAAUGCUUCUGGCAAACAAUUUCAGAACCCUGAGUCUGUGGCAGAGUUGGUUGCCAAGUUGGAACAGGCAACUCUUGAUGAAGAUGACAUUCAAAGUCUUCAUCACAUCAGGCAAGCUGAGCUGAAGCCAUCACAAGUCAUUGAGCCUCAAUCAAGAGAUGAUGCCCAAGCAGUUCUCAUUGAGUCCAAAGGACAGAAUCCAGCACCAGAAGAAGUCCAACAUGAGAUUCUUAGACUGGCCAAAGCAAGGAACCUGUCUGGUGUGAAUGAACUGCUGGCCAGGUUCACCAGUCCAACAUUUGAUGAUGGAGGCACUGAGGGUACAUUGGCUCACUAUGCAGCCUACAAUAACUGGUUGCCCCUGUUGAAGAGACUGGUGAAAGAGAAGGGAGUGUCUCCUGAAGUGAAGAACCAGUGGGACAACAGGUCCCCCUAUUUAUCUGCCUGCUGUGGUGGAAGCAUGGAAGUGGUCAGGUACUACAUAGAAGACCUGGGCUACCCAAAAUGGAAAGAAGGGAAUGACAAUGGUAUGACAUGUGCUCACUUUGCUGCUAGAGAGGACCAUCACAGAAUGCUUUCCUACCUGCUCCAGCUGUGGAAGCAAGAAGCAGGAGGUCUUCAGUUUGGUCCAGUGUUGCCACCUGAUGUAGAGUCCUGGCUGCCAUUGCACUAUGCAGCCAACAAUGGCCACAAAGAGGCCACCAUCAUCCUCAUGCUUGAGGGAAUGGCUGAUCCUUACAGAAGGAACAAAGAGCACAAGUCUGCCCUGGACAUUGCCAAGGAAAGGGGAGACAAGGAACUCAUUGAGAUAAUGAUUGAUCCAAUCAAGUACAAGAUACUUGCUUUGGUGGAUGGUGCCCUACAGCCUUUUAAGAAAUUUAUAGAUGGAAACCCAUCUUCAGCACAUGAAAUGAGGCCAUCUAGGGAUACAGCAGUGAAGACUCAAGUGGCAGCUCUGAAUGCCAGUCUGCAUUGGAGCCAUGAGAAUGUGAAAGAGGACUUGACAAAACUGAAGCUGGACUUUGAAGACCGCUUUGGCCAAUUGGGCAAAGCAAUAAGCAACCAGGCAGCAGGCCUGAAAUCACUCCAAGAAAGUGCCAGUCAGAAGCUGCAAGAGCUGGCCCAGUUUGUGAAGGUCAAAGCAAAAAUCACUGCCAAUGCUGGGGACAUCAAACACAAGGCCAUGGAAAGUGACUUCCUAGCCUUCAGGGACCUGGUGGAGUCUGAGAUCCUGCGCAUCAAGGCCAAAGUGGACACAGUGGCCUCCAAGCUGGACAACAGUGCUGAUGAGCUGAAAAAGGAGACUGACAAGGAAAGUCACAACAUAGAGGUAGUCAAGAAAGAGUUCCCCAGGCUCUGGGGCCACUUGGACCAACUCAGAAAGGACUUGAAGAAGCUGGAGGAAAAGCUUCCACACUCCCUGGAGUCCAUCAAAAGUGACUGAUUCUUUUCCUUUUCUAUAAUAAUAAGCAAGCAAAUAAAAAAUAAUCCUUCAGA